AUGAAGUUCUCUCUCGCUACCGUUGCUGUCCUAGCCACCGCUGCCUCAGCUCAAUAUGCCCAGCCGCCCACGCAGUAUGGGCAACAACCCCAGCAGUACCCACCCCAGCAGUAUCAGCAGCCCCAGCAAUAUCAGCAAUGGGGUCCACCACCAACCCAGAACAAGUAUUCUCCAGCAGAGGCUGCGGCGUGGCAUAAGUGCGUUGAUGGGUUCCUCGACGGAUUCAACAAUGGCCAUGAGGGCACCAAGGCUGGCUGUGCUUUCUGGACUUGUCUUGAGAGUACGGCUACCCAGUACAGUAGGGGAGGUGCUCUCGCCGCCCUUGGUGCUGUUGUGAACAAAGCUUGCAUGGUGUCCGGCCUUCUCCCUGGCAACUUCUUCUAA